AUGAAUUUGUAUUCGCCCUAUGUGUUCACAGAGACUGUGUUGUCUUUAAGAAUCUUCCAGUAUUCUCAAAGUCAGCCCAGGACAGCUAAGAGGACACCUAGCUCUGUACCUCAUGAUCAUUGUUCUGUUUUUGUUUUGCAGCGUGAAUGCAUAUCCAUCCAUGUUGGUCAGGCUGGUGUUCACAUUGGCAAUGCAUGUUGGGAAUUGUACUGUCUUGAACAUGGGAUCCAGCCCGAUGGUCAAAUACCUAGCGAUAAAACUACCGGAAGUGGAGGUGAUUCAUUUAACACUUUCUUCAGUGAGACAGGAGCUGGUAAACAUGUUCCCAGAGCAGCGUUCGUGGACCUGGAGCCAACUGUAGUUGAUGAAGUACGUACAGGCAUAUACAAGCAAUUAUUCCAUCCUGAGCAGUUCAUUACUGGGAAAGAAGAUGCAGCCAAUAAUUAUGCCAGAGGCCAUUACACCAUUGGAAAAGAGAUUGUUGAUCUGGUGCUAGACCGCAUCCACAAACUGGCUGAUGUAUGCACAAGGCUGCAAGGUUUCCUUAUCUUUCAUAGUUUUGGAGGAGGCACUGGUUCAGGGUUUGCAUCUCUGCUCAUGGAAAGGCUCUCUGUUGACUAUGGCAAAAAAUCUAAGCUAGAGUUUGCAAUUUAUCCAGCACCACAGGUUUCCACUGCUGUAGCGGAACCUUACAACUCAAUUCUAACUACCCACACAACAUUAGAGCAUUCAGACUGUGCCUUCAUGGUAGAUAAUGAAGCCAUUUACGAUAUAUGUCGUCGUAACCUUGACAUUGAACAUCCUACUUAUACCAAUUUAAACCAAUUAGUUGGGCAAAUUGUUUCAUCUAUCACAGCUUCACUGCGUUUUGAUGGAGCCCUCAAUGUAGAUCUGACAGAAUUUCAAACUAACCUUGUUCCAUACCCACCAAUCCAUUUCCCCCUGGUAACAUAUGCCCCUGUCAUCUCCGCUGAGAAAGCGUAUCAUGAGCAAUUGUCUGUGGCUGAGAUUACCAACGCUUGUUUUGAACCAGCCAACCAGAUGGUAAAAUGCGACCCUCGCCAUGGCAAAUACAUGGCCUGCUGCAUGUUAUAUAGAGGUGAUGUUGUUCCCAAAGACGUCAAUGCCGCUAUUGCUACUAUCAAGACUAAACGUACCAUUCAGUUUGUGGAUUGGUGCCCAACUGGAUUCAAGGUGGGCAUUAACUACCAGCCUCCAACUGCAGUGCCAGGUGCAGACCUUGCAAAGGUGCAGCGGGCUGUGUGUAUGCUGAGUAAUACAACUGCGAUUGCUGAAGCAUGGGGUCACCCUGACCAUAAAUUUGAUCUCAUGUACGCUAAGCGUGCCUUCGUACAUUGGUAUGUUGGGGAAGGAAUGGAGGAAGGAGAAUUUUCUGAAGCCCGGGAAGAUCUGGCUGCCCUUGAGAAAGAUUACAAAGAAGUCGGUCUAGACUCGGUAGAAGCAGAGGCUGAAGAAGGAGAUGAAUAUUUAGAAUACUGAAGUCUAGCAAAAUGCAUUAGAGGAGGAAGAAGAAAAAAGAAUUGCAGAACCCUGUUCACUUGUUCGAUUGUUUUCAAAUAAAGUUUUAAAGGUUCUAUCUGCUAUUUUUUGUCUUCUUUACUAUUGAUGUGUAUAC